AUGGGAGGACCAAACUUCGGUCCCGACACAAAGGGCAACGAGGUCAUCGAUGCCUUCCCACAUAGCAUUCAAAAGAAAACAUUCAUCCUAACCGGCAUGGGCACAUCCGACCUUUCCACCACAACCGCCGAAACCCUCGCCUCCGGCGAUGCCGCAGCCCUAAUCCUCAUCGGCCCCUCCAACCGCGCCAUCCAGCCCAUCUACGAAACCAUAAACACCAAAUACCCACGCGUCAAAGUAAUAUUCAUUACAGCCGACAUGAGCAAGCUCUCCUCUGUCCGGGGUGCCGCGGACUUAAUUCGGAAGCUCGAAGUCACGCUGGAUGGGAUUAUUUGUUUUCCGACAGUUAUGGCGGGCGAGUGGGCGGUUACGGGGGAUGGGGUGGAGAGGCAUUUUGGGGUGAAUUAUUUGAGUCAUUUUGUGCUUGUUAAUCGGUUGAGGGGGGUUAUGCCAGAUGAUGGGAGGGUAGUUGUGGUGGGGAGUAGUAUUAGGCCUGAUGCGGGGGCUUGGGGGUUUGAGGAUGUUAAUUUUGAUAAUGGGAGAACGUAUCACCCGUUGGAUGGGUAUGCGCAGUCGAUGUUUGCCAAUGUGCAGUUCGUCAAGUGUUUGGCUAGUCCUGAUGAGGGACAGUCGAUGAUUGCGUUUGCUGUUAAUCCAGGGAACACCAAAACUAAUCUCCAUACAUCCGUCUCCCCAGAGCAAGUUGCCUCGUGGCUCCAACGAAAGAAAGAGAUCAAACAAGACCUCCCCCUCCUGUUACAACAAGCCCCGAAAUCCCUUUCUCAAGGAUGCGCGACUGUCCUGAGAGCCUUGCUGGACCCAGGUCUCAAAAGCCAAUCCGGGGCAUUCCUGGAUAACUGCCAGGUUCGGGCUCUGCAGCAUAUUGAUUUUCCGGCUGGGGAGGAGAGUUCGAGGCAGUUGUGGAGGAAGAGUAGGGAGUUGGCGAAGGAAGAGUGUGAUAGUUUUGCUUGA